GUUGACAUACCCAUCAAGGACAGUGACUACCAUGGCUUCCAGUGCUUUGGCCAAAUCUCAGAUGCGUGGCCUCUUAGCCAGGCGCCUGCGAAUUUACAUCGUUGGAGCAUUAGUUGUAUCCCUGGGGGUUGCAGCUUUCUAUAAGUUUGCUGUGGGUGAACCAAGAAAGAAGGCAUAUGCAGAUUUCUACAGAAAUUAUGAUUCUAUGAAAGAUUUUGAGGAGAUGAGGAAGGCUGGUGUCUUUCAGAGUAUAAAGUGAUUUUGGAAUAUAAAGAAUUUCUUUGGGCUGAUUUACAUAGAUGUUUGUCACUGACCCGUGUUCCUGAGCUAUGAAUAUGAGUGGUAAAUAAAUGAUUAAUAAAUUCAAAAAGAAAACAAAGAUGAAAGGGACUUCACCAGAACUCUAGCACAAAUAGCUCCAACAGAAAUUUACCAAACAUUCUACCCCCAAACUACUGAAUAUUCAUUCUUCUCAUGGUAUUUUCUGUUUUAGAUUGUGAAUAGUGUGGUUUGAAAGUGUUGAGUCAGCAGGGCGUGAUGGCUUACGCCUGUAAUCCCAGCUACAUGGA